AUGUACAUGCAGAUCAAUGAAAUGGAUUUGAUAUUGCCAUCCACAAAAACUACUGGAGCUCUGUGGUUAGGUAAUAUAAAGGCUGCUUAGAAUAUAAUGAAUCUGAGUAAGGAAAACAUUCGAACUGUGAUUACAGUAGCUAACAAUGUUAAUGUAAGCUAUCCCAAACAUUAGAAAAUUAUCCAUAAAGUUUUUAAAAUUCAUGACAAAGAAAAUGUAAAUAUCCAAGAACUGAUCGAAAUGACUAAUGAAGAAAUCUAACAGGCUAUGAAAAUUGGAUCUGUUUUAGUGCAUUGCAUGGCUGGUAUAUCUCGAUCAGCCACAUGUGUUAUUGCGUAUUUAAUGUAUCAAAAUAAAUGGCCAUUUGAAAAAACACUUAAAUUUGUAAAAUCUAAAAGACCCUGUGUCAAACCCAAUGAAGGAUUUAAAAAAUAACUCAUUUCAUACUCCAACGAAAUCUAAAAGAAAUUAGAACCUUAACAAACCUAUUCUACUGAAAACCCUUUAGCCAAAUUAAGAAGACAAUUGCAUUAAUCUCCAGAAGAUUUGAUUAAAAACACUUAAUUAGCCAAAUCUCCUAGGCAUGAGAUUAAGGUCUUGACAAAGGACUCUACAGAAGAAGAGAAACAGUAAUAUAGAUAGCAAUUAGCCUAAAAAUUAUUUGUAAAUACUUUUUCUACUACCGAAAGAAAUCGAAAAUAAUUAAAAACUUUGCUUGCCAAUAAAUCUACUAAUGUUAAAGGAUGUAUAAGCAUGUACAAAUAAGUAGAGGAAUCAAAAUUGGUUGGGUUUCUAUCAGAUCGUUUUAAUUGA